AUUAAUAUAGCUGUUUGUUUUGUUUACACAGGCUAUGUGGAUGUAUUCUCACUGCUCAGUCUUGUGAGAGUUUGUCUUCAGCUCUACAAUCCUCAAAUUCCCAUCUAAAUAUGCUGGACCUGAGUAACAAUGACCUGCAGGAUUCUGGAGUGAAGCUGCUUUCUGAAGGUCUGAAGAGUCCAAACUCUAAGCUGGAGAUAUUGAGAUUUUUCACAUGUAAUCUCACUGCUCAGUCUUGUGAGAUUUUGUCAUCAGUUUUACAAUCCUCAAACUCUGUCCUGAGAGAGCUGGAUCUGAGUAACAAUGACCUGCAGGAUUCAGGAGUGAAGCUGCUUUCUGAAGGUCUGAAGAGUCCAAACUCUAAGCUGGAGAUAAUUCUAUGGGAAUCCUGGAGACAGACCGGGGCUGAGGAGAAUAGGGAUCGCGGAGACGUAAUGGACUUCUGGAG